AUGUGUACUCACGGCGGUGUUUUGAAGAUUGGUCAUCGUGUGUUACAAUGGCGAGCGAAUUCCUUCGGAGAUAGUGUGAGCCCUCGUGCGAGCUUAAGAGACGCUCUGCCAGCAGAUAAUAAGGUGGAUUUCUGUGAAAAGGAACUGUGUAAUAGACUAUUUGUGCCUGUAACUCUGCACAAACAGGGACUGAUUAAGGUCAACGGGACACUCGGUGGCCAGAAGGUUCAUUAUCUGAAGCCCAUAUUAUUUGCUACUGGCACCAGGAAAACUUUUAUACAGACUGAUAAAUACAUUUAUAAACCGGGUCAAAAUGUGCAGUUUAGGAUUCUCACAGUGGCAGGACCCUUCUUAAAAAUAUCAACAGAAACUUAUCCUCUGAUAUGGGUAGAGACACCAUCGUCAAGCCGUAUUGCCCAGUGGACCAAUGUGGAGAACUCGGCAGGACUUAUACAUCAGACAUUCAAACUUGCAGAUGAACCUGAAGAGGGGACAUACAGGAUUAAGGUCCAGGCAAAAGAUGGUGGUCCAUCAACAACUAAGGAAUUCAAGGUGGAAGAAUACGUCCUUCCACGUUUUGAAGUCACUGUGGUGCCACCCAAAUAUAUACUGCGUACAGACACUGAAUUUACUUUCACUGUAUGUGCCAAAUACACUUUUGGACAGCCAGUCAAAGGCAAUGUGACUUUGGUGAUUGAGAAUGAUGGAUGGAGAUUUACUAGGAAAAAGCAUACUGUUACCAGUGAGUUAUCAGGCUGCAAAGAAAUAAAAGUACUAGUUGAUGAUAUUGGGGAUAGUGAGUAUUCUGCAGUCAGGUUAAGUCUAACAGCAACUGUAACUGAAGAUGGAACAGGUGAAGAAUACAAUAGUGAAGCAGUAGCUGAUAUUCACCGCAGAGCUCUGGAAUUUUUGUAUAUUGGCAAGGAAAAGUACAUUAAACCAAACCUACCUUUCACUGGAAAGGUAAAGGCUGUGUUCCCAGAUAAAACACCAGCUGCAAAUGAACCUAUGAAUGUGUGUAUUAGUGGACAAUGCAGAAACAUGAGUACUUCAUCUAAAGGCAUUCUGAAAUAUGUUAUCCCAAAAUAUUCAGGUUCCAGUGUUGAGAUAAAAGCCAUCAAUUAUCCAGAAGUCAAAGGUUCAUCAAUGUGGCGUUCAAAAAUGUAUGAAUCAAGAUAUUCUCAUCAGUUGAAAAAAUAUUAUUCUCCUUCAAAUUCAUCUUUGGUGAUUCGUGUUCCUCGAAAUCGUCUGCCAUGUGAAGUGUCUGGUCAUGAUCAUGAUAUUCCAGUCCUUUUUGCUGCUGUGAAUCAGACAAGGGCUACAUUUACUGUUCAGGUUGUAUCACGAGGUCAGAUCCAGUACUCGAGUUCAGCAGAGUACGAGCUAUCAUCUGGUAACUUACCAAUUAAUGAAGACCAUCUAGUAGAACCCUUGCCACCUCCCCCAGAACAUACAGUUAUUGGAGUUAUUAACAUUCCAAUAAAGUUACCUCACACAGCCUCACCCUCAGCCAAGGUUGUUGUGUGGUACACACGUCCAGAUGGUGAAAUUGUUUCAGACACUCAGAUCUUUGACAUAGAAAAAUGCUUGGAUAAUGAUGUGAAUCUUGUAUGGUCAGCUGCCAGAGUGCAGCCAGGAGAGCAGGCAACUUUAGAUCUGUCAGCUGCACCACAGUCUAUUUGCAGCUUAGGUGUGGUUGACAAAAGUGUUGAAUUACUGUCAUCUGAGAAUGAUCACCUAACACUUAAAAAGGUAUUUGAUAUUGUGGAGAAUGCCAUGGUCAAGGAUUGGGAGCUAAAGCAGGCAAAUGACUAUGAGUACUGCAGAAAAAUGCCGGAAGACAGUAUAUCCAGACGCUCUGUGCGCCGAAGGUAUCCCAAUGACUACGUUAAUGCUCUCAAAAUGUUUGAUGUAAUCAUGGUAACCAGGAAUAGGAUGCUGAGUAUGGAAAUAGUAUCCUCCCUGGAGCUGGCACUUCAUGGCUCACAGCCCCUACAUUCCACACUUGUUUUUUUAGGUGUGGUUGACAAAAGUGUUGAAUUACUGUCAUCUGAGAAUGAUCACCUAACACUUAAAAAGGUAUUUGAUAUUGUGGAGAAUGCCAUGGUCAAGGAUUGGGAGCUAAAGCAGGCAAAUGACUAUGAUUACUGCAGAAAAAUGCCGGAAGACAGUAUAUCCAGACGCUCUGUGCGCCGAAGGUAUCCCAAUGACUACGUUAAUGCUCUCAAAAUGUUUGAUGUAAGUAAGCUCCUGUUGCAUACAUUAAAUGUUGGCAUCAUCUGUAGUUCGGUUCAGUUUCUGAAUUUAAUCUGUGUAGGUGUUUUUAUCAGUCUAGUAUGUUUAGUUAGUAUUCUUGUAAGACAGGGGUCUCAAACUCGUGGCCCGCAGGCCAAAUGCGGCCCCCGGGGCGAUAAUUUGUGGCCCGUCUUGAUAUUAAAGAUUAAUCCAAAUAUGGCUCGGCUAUGUGAAAAGAAGAGCUGUCAGGUCUCUAGCAGCAAGACACCAGGUAACCAGGUGAUCAGGUUAUCCCAGCCUUACCUAGACUCUGCCUCCAGCGGCCCCCGGAUCUAUACAAGCCACUAG